CUUAGCUUGACUCAGCCCAACUCAGCACGGCACGGCUCAGCCCAACUCAGCCGCAUUGGUAGUGGAAAAGCGGCAUUACUUGUGGAGCCAAUGUGGCUGUACUGAAGGAAUUUAAUCUAAGAAGGCACUUCGAGACGAGACAUCAGCACAAGCUGAAAAACCUAAAUGCUGACCAGAAGCUACAGAAAAUAGAGGAGCUAAAAAAGAAUCUGUCAUCUCAGCAGACGUUUUUCACCAGAGCUAAAACACAAAAUGAAGCUGCUGUGAAAGCAAGCUAUAUCGUGGCAGAAGAGAUAGCCAAAGCUGGCCGGCCAUUUACUUAGGGAGAGUUCCUGAAGAACUGUAUGCUGAAGGUGUGUGACGUUUUGUGUCCAAACAAAAAGCAGGUGUUGGCAAAUGUAAGCCUGAGUAGAAAUACAGUUGCUGAUCGGAUUUGAGAGAUGGCCACGGAUUUAAGAACACAGUUGACUGAAAGGAGCAAAGACUUCGUUGCAUAUUCUCUUGCUGUUGAUGAGAGUACUGACAUUACUGACACAGCCCAGCUAGCCAUUUUCAUCCGUGGCAUGGACUCCGACUUGACUGUUACAGAGGAAUUAUUGGACAUUAAAUCAAUGCACGGGACAACGACAGGAAAAGACAUUUUUGAAAAUGUAUGUGAAAGUGUAACCGACAUGAAACUUCCCUGGGACAAACUUGUUGGACUUACAACCGAUGGAGCACCGGCAAUGUGCGGUGAAAAAAGUGGGCUCGUGGGAAGGAUGCGAGUAAAGAUGCAGGAGAACUGCACCGGUGAGUUGACAGCAUAUCACUGCCUCAUACACCAAGAAACGCUGUGUUGUAAAGUGUUAAAAAUGGAAGAAGUGAUGAGCACUGUAACACAAACCGUGAACUUCAUUCGAGCUAAAGGUUUGAACCACCGGCAGUUUCAGUCUUUCCUGCGAGAAAUUGAUUCAGCGUUUACCGACAUUCCUUAUCAUACAGAGGUGCGCUGGCUGAGUCGAGGAAAGAUUCUCCAAAGAGUUUUCGAUCUACACAAGGACAUUUGUCAGUUCAUGGACAGUAAGGGGAAAGACUGCACAGUGUUGUGGGACGAGAAAUGGAAAUGCGAGUUGGUGUUUCUAGCUGACAUAACGGGCCAUCUCAACGACUUGAACCUAAUGCUCCAGGGACGUGAUCGCAUUAUCAUUGACGUAUGAUGCUGUGAAGGCAUUUCAAGUGAAGCUGCUCUUAUGGGAGACACAGAUGCAGCAGUGCAACUUGCCUCAUUUUCCCUGUUGCUAAGUGCUGUUGUCGAACCAAGUUGGUGCGUCGAUAUUCCCUAAUGCGCACUUUGCUGAUAAGCUGAGCGCACUGUGCACUGAGUUCUCGUGGCGCUUUCGAGACUUCGAAGCACAAAAAAAGCAACUUCGAGCUACUUCGCAACCCAUUUGCCGUCGACGUGGCAACUGCACCUGCACAGAUUCAGAUGGAGCUGAUAGAGCUGCAGUGUAAUGGGACACUAAAGGCUAAAUACGAGACUGCAGGGCCUGUACAGUUUAUUCGCUCCAUUCCUGAAACAAUGCCUCAGCUCCGUCUACACGUGGCUCGAACCCUGUGCAUGUUUGGCAGCACAUAUCUCUGUGAGAAGUUGUUCUCAGUGAUGAAAAUUAACAAGUCGGCACACCGAAGUCGUCUCACUGAUGAACACCUACAGUCCAUGUUGAGAAUCUCCACAAUACAGAGCCUUACACCAAACCUGAACGAAAUUGUUAGCAAGAAGAGAUGCCAAGUAUCCAGCUCUGACAAAACAGCAUAAGAGCAAAGACAACUGAAUGUUGACAACUGAAUGUUAAAACUGAAAAGUGAACGUAAAGCACACAUUUAUUUUUCGGGGCUUUUGGACCAUGCUCAUGUUUUGAUUUUGUAUUGUUUAACAUAUUUAUGGAG